GAGUAGCAGAACACGACAAAACAUGUUUCGAAAACAAAUAGGAGAAAAAAUCACAGCAGGCUUCGUGCAUCCCACCUCCUCUCAUGCUGCAUCUUCGUCUUCCUCUUUAAAGAAAUCUUCAUGUAUGAAACACAAGAAAUUUUCAGACUUCAAAAAUCUCUACUUUAAUCUCUCUGCCAACUCCUUUCAUUCUUAUUGAAAAAAAAAAAAAAAAUUCAAUAUGAAGACCAGAUCGUUGUUAUUGGAGAAGCCGUGGUUCUUAGUCGUAGUGCUUUUAGGUUUAGUCGCCGGCGGCCUCUUAAUCUCCGUCAUCAUUGGAGACGCCGAUAAGUCUUUCUUAUGCUCAAUGGCUAGCGCCAAGGCUCGAGCCGUAUCCGAAUACGAAGCCACGCCGGUUCAGCUUCAAGCCAUCGUCCACUACGCCACGUCGCGCGUGACGCCGCAACAGUCGUUUGGCGAGAUCUCUGUCUCCUUCGCCGUCCUUAAAGAACGAGCUCCCUGCAACUUCCUGGUCUUCGGGCUAGGCCAUGAUUCCCUCAUGUGGACAUCGCUCAAUCCACGUGGUAACACGAUAUUCCUCGAGGAGGAUCCUAAGUGGAUAGAGACCGUCCUUAAAGACGCGCCUACUCUGCGUGCUCAUCACGUACAGUACCGUACUCAUCUCUCCGAGGCCGAUGAUCUUCUCGCUUCUUACCGGAGAGAGCCGUACUGUUCGCCGUCGAAAGCCUAUCUUCGUGGGAACACCGCCUGCAAGCUCGCGUUGACCGGUCUUCCCGAUGAGUUUUACGAGACGGAGUGGGAUCUGAUCAUGAUCGACGCACCGAAAGGUUAUUUUGCGGAGGCGCCGGGGAGGAUGGGAGCCAUCUUCUCGGCGGCGGUCAUGGCGAGGAACAGGAAAGGAUCCGGCGUGACGCACGUGUUCCUGCACGAUGUGGAUCGGAAGGUGGAGAAGGCUUUUGCAGAGGAGUUUCUUUGCAGGAAGUAUUUGGUGAAGCACGUGGGUAGAUUGUGGCAUUUUGAAAUCCCCGCUGCCAACGCGACCGUCGCCGCCCGCGAUCCGGGCGAUCGGUUUUGCUAGAUUGCGCCGAGGACGACACUGUUACUUUCGUUUUAAUUAUUAUUAUUAUUUUUUAUAUAAAAAAUUUAUUAUCGUUUUCUUUUUAAAUGUCUUCGGAAUUUGAUUUUGAAAAGUUUACUAGAGCUGGCAUAUCUUUUUACCGCGGUAUAGAAUUUUACAGUACAUAUAUCUCUAUCCCUUUUAUUUAAUUUUAUUGGAUUUGGUCAA